AUGGGUGCAAUCGCCCGAUACUUAGUGAGGAAAGUGACACGCUCCGGAGGCAAGGUAAGAGACGGUUCAGAGGACACCAGGUGUUGGGAGACACCCAUCGAAGAGAGGCUUCUGGUGUACAACUUGACAGUGAAUCUACAGAAAAGUGAAUUUGGUGAAGCCCAACUUGUCUAUUUGAGUCUCAAAGUUGGAAGUGGGAGCAUAAUGCCAGUAGCUGCAAAGUUUGAAACUGUUGCUCAAAGGCCAACAUCAAAAUCAAGGAAGGAAGUUAAAAGAUUCUUGGGUAACUUUGCUAGAGUAGCUGCUCCAUCAAUGAAAAUAGUGAGUCCAAAAAGAGAAUUUAACUGGACAAAGUCCUGCAAUGAAGGGUAUGAGGUUUAA